UCCAAUGGUCGAUGAGUUCAGCCAGGAACCUUUAAACGCAAUGUUUUCGUCCGGACAGUGAUAUCAACCGUACCAACGUGGUGGUUGUUGUAGCAACCGUUAGUAACGUCGGAGCUGACUGGAAUUAAUUUAACGUAAAUGAGUUAAGAUUGAUUUUUUUUACGAUAUUUGAAGCACAUGUGUACGUAACCUAGGUUAAAGAAAACAGCUUCUGUUUUUUUAAACAACGUAGAUUUAGCCGCGAGGUUCGCUGACUUGCUAAUAUAUAUCAUCACGACACGUAAACUCGGCACAAAAAUGUGUUAGCCACUCCAAAGUUGGAAAAACAACGUUUGUACAUAUCCAAUUGUGCCUCCUUAUCGUUAGUUAGUUUAAGACGUGUCAGCUAAAGUAUGUCAGCCGUUAGCAGUCUUGUCCCAGCACGGUUUCUCACCAUCACUGCUCAUCUGGUCAUCGUGAUUACUAUAUUUUGGUCGAGGGAAAACAAUGUGAAAGCAAGUUUACCUUUGGAUUUCACUCAAGAGGAGUAUGAGACUGAAGACAGAAAGUUGGUGGUGGCAUUGGCUGUCACUCUGGGUUUGUUUGCUAUAGAAUUGGCUGGAUUCUUUUCAGGAGUGUCCAUGUUCAACUGCAGCCAAGGUAUCCUGUCAACAGGAGUCCAUGCCAGUGCCUCUGUGGCUCUGCUUUUCUUUCUCUUUGAGCAAUGGGAGUGUGUCAUCUACUGGUGGAUUCUUGCCAUAUGCAGCGCGUCUGUGUCCUUGUCUUUCUUUGUGUUUGAAAAGUGGGAAUGUUGGACAUACUGGGUAAUAUUUUCCACCUGCAGUGUCCUACCUGCCUUUGUGGAGGUUCUUCUGUUUAUAGCAGUUUUCGGACUGAAGAAGAAGCCAUUAUAGCAGCUCGGACAAGAUGUGACCUGGGUCAGUGCACAUAUGGAUGUCAAUCAUUGUAUCAGCGGAUAUCGUCUGUGAGCCAUAAAUAAUGAGUCCACUAAUAAGUGGACAAAAAGGUUUUAUCGCUAUACAACAUGUUAAGCCAUGGAACCGGCAAAUGUCGAUGGAGUACACCAGCAACUUUACCCAUUUCCUUAGAAUAUUUUUGUCAUACA